AUGCGCUGGACAGUCAGUGUUGGUGGCGGUCCCAAGCGUGUAAAUCAUGCCGCCUGUGCCAUUGGGACCAAAAUCUAUUCUUUCGGAGGGUAUUGUUCGGGCGAAACACCGACCAGGACGGCUCCAUUGGAUGUUCACAUGUUUGAUACAGGUAGGGAACGUGUUUGCUGAUUUUAAUUUGGAGUUUAGAAACUAUGAAAUGGACCCGAGUGUUUGGAGAAGAGCCUGAAGUCAGAUAUUCUUCGAAAAGCCUUUCAUCCGAGGUCUCAAUCUUCGAAGAUGAGGUCGAUUGGGAUACAGAUAUGUCCUAUGAAGAGGAUAUGACGCAAGGAGACUAUGAUUGGCAUUACAAUCCUUUGCUCAACGAUGGAUUGGCUAUUGUAGACGAUAGUAAUGACUUCCAAGAUGUUCCCUUCAUGAGGUAAGGACUUUCGGAUAUUGUGCUAGGCAGUUUCAUCAAAAUUGAUUGAAUUUUCUCCAUUAAGAUUGCUUCAGAGAUGCGUUAAAAUACUAUUUGCAUAUUUUUAGAUACGGUCACACUGCAGUUGCUUACAAUGGAAAGGCAUAUAUUUGGGGCGGCCGAAACGACGAAUACGGUGCUUCCCAGCGAUUAUACGAAUAUGAUCCAGGUAAUUUAUCAUUUUUUAUUGGCUUUCUCGAUGCUCUCUAAUAGCCCUUCAUUAUUUAAAAUCAGUGGUUAGCCAGAAAUUUCUCUUUUUUUUGUUUUUUGAUCUCCUCUCCGGAGGCCAUGUGACUGAGAAUUAUCGGGAAAAUAAAAAAAAUAUUGACGGACUUUGGACCUCAUUCUGAUUAGCACUAUAGGCCAGGUUAGGAAAGCGCCCUUAUCACUUGAUGACUGGCUUUUUAUUCCUUGUGUCACGUUUCUUCCUAAUUUUAUUUGUUUUUGCUGAAAUCAGAUAAGAAGCACCGUGUUUGGGGUUCAAAUUCCAAUUGAAUUAAAAGCAUUGGACGUCUAAAUUAUGUUAAUUCCAGAAAAGAACUCAUGGCAAUCAAUUCCCCCUGCAAAUGGUGCUCCGCCAGCCCGAGAUGGCCACACCGCAGUCAUUUAUGGCCAUGAAAUGAUCAUUUUUGGAGGAUUUGAAGAGGAAAACCAACGGUUCAGCCAAGAAUGCUACUCGUACAACUUUGUAACGAGAGAAUGGAAGCUAAUCAAGACUACGAAAACCCCUCCACAGUAUCGAGACUUCCAUGCGGCCUGUAUUUUCGAGGAUAAGAUGUACGUAUUUGGGGGAAGAUGCGACGAAAGAGGCCAAUAUCACAGCAAUGCCGACUUUUACGACGAUGUUUUGAGGUAUUUGGACCUCAAAACUUUGGAAUGGAUUGAGCCAGUGGUCGAGGGGGAUUUGCCUGAGGGUCGAAGAUCGAAUGCCAUGUGGGUUCAGAAUGGAAUGUUGUAUAUGUUCGGAGGAUACAACAGUAAAUCGGAUGAGCAUUAUGGAGAUUUAAGAAGGUUUAAUCCGAAGACCGGAGAGUGGAAAAGACUCUCGUUACCGGGUGAUGGGCCCAGUGCAAGGAGGCGACAGUGCUCCGUGAUGGUGGGAGAAAAGAUGUAUUUGUUUGGAGGAACGAUGCCUCAUCCCAUCAAGAAGAAUGGAGGGUUGUUGGAUCUGGGAGAUCUUUUCGUCCUGGAUUAUGGAAAUGUUUUGACUUCGAUUUGUCUUGAUGUUUUGGACAAGAAUGGGCUUCUUGAAAUGGCCACCAGGGUCCUUCCUCAGUCUGUUCUGUAAGUUUAUACUUUACUAUUAUAAUUUUUAUAGAUUUUCUGAUAUUUAUAUUAUCCAUGCCAUUUUCAGAGAGGACCUCCGUCCCAAUCUUUAUUGCCGCAACUUCCGAUGGGUCUGCACGGGUUGA